GAACGCAAGAUCCUAGCAGCAGAACAAACAAAGUUAAUAGUGCCUGUUUAAAAAGUUCAAUUGAGAAUUUCGCUUAAAUUUUAAAUUAAGAUAAAUGUUGGCUACUACUACAAAUGGUGGCAAUUCAGCUGCCAAUGCGUCGGGUAUUCCGGACAAGUCUUGGCAGCCGCAUUUCGUACGACUGGAAACAACUAUGGGAGAAAUAACUGUGGAAUUGUACUGGAGGCAUGCACCUAACACGUGUCGAAAUUUUGCGGAAUUGACGAGACGAGGUUACUAUAAUAAUGUCGUUUUCCAUCGUAUAAUUAGAGAUUUUAUGAUUCAGAGCGGCGAUCCCACAGGCACUGGCCGUGGCGGAAGUUCUAUAUAUGGUCUGGAGUUUGCCGACGAGAUUCAUCCAGACUUGAAGCACACAGGAGCUGGAAUAUUAUCAAUGGCCAAUUCAGGGCCAGAUACAAAUGGUUCACAAUUUUUUAUUACUUUAAGCCCCACACAAUGGUUGGAUGGCAAACAUGCUAUUUUCGGACGGGUCUAUAUGGGCAUGCAAGUGGUUAAGCGAAUUGGUAUGGUAGAGACCGAUAAAAACGAUCGGCCAGUAGACAGUGUGCGGAUAGUAAAAGCUAAAAUUGAAUGGUCGUAGCAAUAUCUGAUGUAUAGGAAGAAAGGAAAAAAUAUUUAUUAUUGCUAGAUUUAAUAAAUAUAGUUUUUUACAUUUACAUUUAAAAA